AUGGGAAAUUGUUUCUCCUCAAGCACCUCAUCCACAUCCCCUUCACCACCGUCAAGAAGAACUCAACUCCGCAAAACCUUCACCAAAGAGAAAUACUAUGACGAUGUGGAGAGGAAGGGGAGUGACACCAGGGAUUUCGCGCUCAUAAGUGCGGAUGCCGGAAUUGUGGGUGGGGAUAUGGAAGAGCGAAAAGAAAGCGCGAGUACGAUUCCAGGAUUGACUUUUGAUGCGCGGGGACGUCCUGUGUGGAGAGGUGGUUAUGGUAGUCCUAUUGCGUUGGAAUUGGAUUUGGGACAGUUCAAGGUUGAGAAAUGA